CGUCACAAAGACGGUCUCUCACUCUAAGCCACUGGAGCCCAUCCUUCAAUGCCCUCUCCUGUCUCUCCACUGUGGCCUCUCCCGGUGACGCCGCUGGCAGCGGUCGGUGGCGAAAGAGGGUUGGACUCUGGAGAAUAGAGGGGCUGAGCUGUGAGGCGUUGCCAGGAGCCGAGCAGCUUUACAGAUGAAACCAGAGCAGACAGAGCUGUUUUUUAGUUGCAAUAUCCUGCAGAAGAGCUUUUAGCAUCCCAGGUUCAGAAACCUUUGCUCGUUUUUAAGGAGCACAAGAUCGAACGCAACAAAUGUUUCCCGUCAGACAGCCUUGGCUUUGCAAAGCCCUAGGUUGUUAUGAUUGCUGUAUCCGCUGUCUGGGGGCGGUGCCCUACCCGUCUCUGGUCGCCACUCUGCUGUGCUUUGCCGGCAUGGCGCUGUUCUGUGGCUGCGGGCACGAAGCACUGGCCAACACAGAGGUGCUCGUAGAGACUUACUUCGCUCGUAACAUACAAGAUUACGUCAUCCUGGCCUCAUUUAUCAAGUAUUUCCAGUACGUCAUAUAUGGCCUGGCCUCUUUCUUCUUCCUCUACUGCAUCCUGCUACUGGCGGAGGGGUUCUACACCACCAGCGCUGUUAAGCAGACCUUCGGAGAGUUCCGGAGCACCAGGUGUGGCCGCUGCCUCAGUCUCACGUUCAUCGUAGUGACAUACGUCCUGGCAGUGAUCUGGCUGGCAGUGUUUGCCUUCACAUCCAUACCAGUCUUUUUCUUCUUCAAUAUGGCGCAGACCUGCCACACCAUCAACAUCCUGGCUGAGACCACACCCAGCAUUAACCAGCAUAGCUGGGUCUGCAUGGACGCUCGGCAGUAUGGACUGCUGCCUUGGAAUGCAAUGCCAGGGAAGGCCUGUGGAAUGACCUUGGCAUCCAUUUGCAAAACAAAAGAGUUCUUCAUCACCUACGACCUGUACAUUGCUGCCUUUGUUGGUGCAGGGAUUGCUCUCUUGGCUCUGUUUCUCUACGUGGUUGCUACUACCUACAACUAUGCAGUCCUGCGGUUCCUUGGUAGGAAAGGGCUACGCUGUUGAAACACAGUGUGCAGUCCCAUCUACAUCCCCCUGCAGACUGGGCCUGAGGGAAGCCGUCACACGUCACAAUACAUCCGUCCCCUGGAUCCCUGCUGGCUGUUCCCUGAAGGACUCUGCCAACUGACACACGGUUCAGCGUGACCACCUGGUUCAACCACAGACAGAUGAAUGGACCUCCUGGUCCUCAUUAUGUCAAGCUCCUCCUCUCUGCUCACCUGUCUCAUUGCCCCCCAGUCCAGGAUGAUGACACGGACGUCUGUUGCUUAUAAUCACAUUCCAGUUUUCUAAAGACGCUCUCUGUUCAGCCCUCUGAAUCUGAGGGACUGAAAGAGAUUACUGCUCUUCGUGCUAAUCGGAACUAAGAAUUGCACCCAGGUCCCCUGGCUUAUUGAUAUGUAUAUAGAUAUGCACAUGAUCUAGCUGCUGUUGCUUUAGAUUGUGUACAUAAAUGAGCUCUGCACUACUGCAACUAAAGCAAACAGCUGAAUGUGCUCAAGUUCUGUAUGAAGGCCCAUUGUAAUGUGGGAGUGUGGUAUGGGAGUCUCUCUUGUCUAUGGCAGCUUUAUGUACUCACUCUUGAUGAAUAGGUUGCUAUUGCAAGUCCUUUUAAAUUAUUACUGUGUGUAGGAUACCCAUUUCCAUAGAGGUGCUAAAGUUUUAUGCUAAAUAAGAUGUUCUGUUUCCAUUGUUCACAUGCUUUCUGCUUUUAUGCCAUAUGGUUUUUAGUUCCAGGUGAUUUCUGGCUGGUGAUUUGCCUACUCUGCUAUUUACUGAAUUGGGUUGCGUAUAUGAUUCUGUGUUGAAAUUAAACAUAAUCAAAGCCAUUUUAAACCCAA